CUUCUCACACCAAUCCUUUCUCCGAUAAUCAACAGUUUAUAUACUCUCCAAAAUGCAAGCCCUCUGGACACAGCGCUCCUCCGUCACAAGGAGCGACGCGAACAUCGUCGCGAUCGUCUUCAACCUCCCAGAAAACACCGCCGGCGCCCCCAAAUUCCACCUGGAACCCAUGAAACUCACCAUCAGAUUCCACACCCGCGACAGCUCCUCCGCCGAGAAGGACCACCUGUACAAGAUCGAGUUCUGGGAGGAGGUCGACGUGGACAAUUCGAAACGGAGCAACGACUCUAGCAAACGGGUCACGUUCAUCCUGCGCAAGAAGCAGCGGAAACUUCGCUACUGGCCUCGUCUGACCAAGGAAGAGAAGCCCCCGUUCCCGAUCAAGAAGAAUAUGGAGCAUGUUAGUUUUCCCCCUUCAGUUCCUUCUUUUUUCAAUGGGAGGUGUAUAGAAUAAGCUAACGGUGGUGGAUGGUACAGUGGGUGGAAGAAGAUGACCAGACGUUCCAUCCUACGAUCGAUCUAUCUUGGAUAGACUAGGGCCUCUAGGUGCUGGCGCUUCGCGUGGAGGAAAGAUCAACGGUGUAUAGUACAUAAUUGGACUGGGCUUGGUAUCCCAUUGUAUGUUAGUAGUAUCCGCCCGUGAAUGGGAAUUAUAUACAAUGUUAGCAGCAUAUAAUCUGUACUACAG